GAAUCUUAUAGAAGUUGUGGAGCCAUUUUUGUCCAGGCUUUUUCUCCUUUCUUAGUAAGAACUGUCAGCAAUCGUUCCACUCACUCGACUUUCUAGGUCAUCUAUGCCAUUACAUUCUAAUGCUAACCUAUAAGAUGAAGAGCUAAACUAGUUUGCCAUGUAGAAUUUGGUGGUGAAAAGGUUGACAUGAAAUGGGCCGUCUCUCUGACGUCAUAGGGACGCACCCUCGCCGGAAGUGCGACACCUAAAUUCUUGGGCAUUUUCUUUUUGGCAAUAAUUGACGUAUAGGAAAACUAAACGCACCUUGUAUAAGUGUUUUUUUUUUUUUUUAAAUAUAUAUGUAUAUCUGUCUCGGUAAUAGAGUAUCCUUAGACCUUCAAACAAGCUGAACAUAUAAUCUCAUAAGCGGACAAAAGUGCGUUCCAGGAAGAUUCCACGAUUUUAUUUCCAAGACUUCAAUUAUAGCUAAACAGUUUUUUUUAGCAAGCUAGCUGGCUAAACUGUCACUGUAGCAACCUACUACUAGCUAGAAAGCUACAUGUCAAGUUGCCGCAUUGGAAUAACCGGAGAGACGACCUCAUAGUUUUCCUCCAUCAACUUAAACUAACUAUGCAAACAUUUGUAUAUUUAUUCGGCCAUAUUUGUGGAACCAAGACAAAGACCAGCUAGGUUGUUAACUUUAGUUCAUGACAUUGGCAAGUUGCUACCGGUUGUGGACUAGUAGCAACUAGCUAGCUGCACUGGUUCUCGAGGUAGCAGUUCGCCAAUUAUUUAGCUAAACAGCUAAUUUUCAGUCGUAGUCUGUAUUACUCUUUGAGAUUGUGGUUAUUAGAAUUGACAUGCUGGCACCACCAAUCCCAACCAUCAUGCCUGCGCUUCUGGAGAGGCCCAAGUUGUCCAAUGCCAUGGCGCGUGCCUUACACAAGCAUAUCAUGCGUGAGAGGGAGAGGAAGAGGCAGGAGGAAGAAGAGGUUGAUAAAAUGAUGGAGCAAAAACUCAAGGAAGAAGAAGAGAGGAAGAGAAAGAAAGAAAUGGAGGAAAGGAUGUCCUUAGAGGAGACCAAAGAGCAGAUCAUGAAGAUGGGCGAGAAGUUGCAGGGUCUGCAGGAGGAGAAGCACCAGCUCUUCCUGCAGCUGAAGAAGGUCCUGCAUGAGGAGGAGAAGCGCAGGAGGAAAGAACAAAGUGACAUGACUACCCUGGCACCCACUGCGUACCAGCCCAGCAUGGCCAUCCAUUCAGGGCAGCACCUGCUCAGCAUGCAGGCAAGUCCGGUGAGUCAUGGUCGUCCAGCAGCUCUGCUGGGUGAGCGCAGUAACCAGCUGUUCCAGUCUCCUGUCAUCUCUAGUCGUCAUUACCAGUCCCAGGCGGGGUACAGCACGCCUGGAGCAGAGCACGGGCAGUACUCCGGAACGCAGCCGGGUCAUGGGCCCUACGGGGUCACGCAGCCCCAGCAUGCCUCGGCCUUCCCCUCUACCCAGCCUGUCCCUGUGAGCUACGCCAGCAGUGCCCAGAUCAGAGGUGCGCCAACAUUCCAGGCCAUGCAGUACCUACCACAUCAGCAACAGGGCUACACAGUACCCAGCCACUUCCCUUCUCAGACAGGUUUUAUUCCCAGUGCUGGAAUCCCCCUACAGAAGCAGUUGGAACAUGCCAACCAGCAGUCUGGCUUUACUGAUUCUAGCAACUUAAGGACCAUUCAUUCUCAGGCUCUCCAUACCAGUGCUACAGGUUUGCUGCCCACCCCCUCCAUCGCUGUCCAGAUCCCCCCCACCAAGACUGGCUUGCCAUACGCCCACCCGCCCAGGCCUGCCUCCCCUGGGGCAUUCACCCAUGGAACCUCAACACAGCCUCCGCAUGCGCAGGCCACAUUUCAGAGCUCUUCACAGCCACCCUCACGCCACGCUUACCUUCCUCACAGCCAAUCUGGACAGAGGUUCUAUCACCAUAGCAAAUAGGCAGCCAGCUGGUUGCAUGAUGUAGGGCAUGGUGACAAAGUUCUGUGGUUUGUUUUGGGUUGACUCACUUGACCUUGAGCACAUUAAUAUUGCACACAAGCUGUAUUUUAUCAUAAAGAAAGUGCAUGAACGUUAGUAUCAUAAGCAUGGGGACAUCGUUUUGCUUUUUUCUUCAAUCAGUAACCGUCGCUACAGAAGCACAGGGUAGGCCUUCAUAAGCCAUUAUUUGCAAAGUGAGCUUAUUUGAUGUUCUAGUCUUGUAGGAUAUGCAACGGUUGUGCCAAAUGAGAAUAUACUCACAAUGACAGUACAUGAGAUGUAUAAAACAAAAGGAAGUUAUACAGUUUUGUGGUACAUCAGUUAUAGGCAUUCAACUCUGCAUAUUUUGAACCACAUGUCAUGUAACAUUUAUAGUUUCCUGAAAUUGAACACUGCUGUUUUUGUUUUUUUUCCUCAUCUUUCUAAUUUUUAGAAUUGUGUGCUUAAACUCGCUCUCAGGGCACAGCGUAUACAUGCUGACAGAUGCUCCCCUAAACUCAGAACACACACUUCACAAUGCAGACAAGGGGAAGAAUUAUUUUCCUAUUUUCCUAAAACGCUCAUUUUAAAAUGUGAUAUUUUUAACUGAAUUUGACAAAAUUGCACUUAAAAAAUGAGAACAGAUCUUAUACACGGUAAUAAAUUAUGAGGAAAUAUAACACAUUUUGCUCCUUGACUCUGAAAUAACUAUAAUAUAUAGUUCUAGUGGACAAGCCUGAGACAGAUGCAUUUUACCUUUUUCAAGACAUUAGAAUUGCAACAAAAGCAAUCCUAUUGUCUUGUGCAAAGUUAAACACUGCAGAUAAUUAAUAAUAGUUGACCAACUAUUUAAUGUUGAUCUUAUUCCAUCUCAGUGCAUGUUAAUUGAAACUGGAUGUGUGGGUAUAUAUGUGAAUCUCUCCUAUACUCAGUAUAUCUGAGCAACACGCUCAUCAAAAUCAAAUAAAUCAGCCUGUCUGUACGAAUGUUGUCAA